AUGGCGCAUCUUUGGACCCCAGCUCCCGAGCCAGCCACUGAGCUGGGACGGUACCGCAUCCUCUCCUCCACUGCCGGAAUCCGUGUCUCUCCGCUUCAGCUUGGAGCCAUGUCUAUUGGAAAUGCGUGGGCAGACUCCAUGGGCUCCAUGAGCAAAGAAGAGUCAUUCAAACUUCUCGACGCUUUCUAUGAAGCCGGCGGAAAUUUCAUUGAUACGGCAAACAACUACCAAGACGAACAAUCGGAAACCUGGAUCGGGGAAUGGAUGACUGAGCGCAAGAAUCGCGAUCAGCUGGUAAUUGCCACCAAGUUCACAACAGACUUUCGGUCAUACAAGCUGGGCAAAGGAAAGGCGCCUAACCACUGUGGCAAUCACAGGCGAAGCCUCCAUAUGAGUGUCCGUGAGUCGCUGAAAAAGCUACAAACAGAUUGGAUUGACAUUUUGUACGUCCAUUGGUGGGACCAAACCACAUCGAUCGAAGAAGUCAUGGAUAGUCUGCAGAUCCUGGUGGAACAGGGCAAGGUACUCUACCUGGGAAUUUCGGAUACGCCUGCAUGGAUUGUGGCAGCAGCAAACCUAUAUGCGCGCUCUCAUGGGAAAACCCCUUUCAGCAUCUACCAAGGCAGAUGGAAUGUCAUGCUACGCGACUUUGAACGGGAAAUCAUCCCUAUGGCACGCCAUUUUGGAAUGGCACUUGCCCCGUGGGAUGUGCUGGGAGGAGGAAAGUUCAAAACGAAGAAUGAAGUUGAAGAACGCAAGGCUCGGGGAGAGGGCCUCCGAAGCAUCUUGAGUUCAGAUCAGAGUGAAGAAGAGGCUGCCAUGAGCGCAGCACUCGAGAAGGUGGCUAAUGAACAUGGGAUCAAGUCUCUAACCGCGGUUGCCCUGGCAUAUGUUAUGGCGAAAGCGCCAAAUGUGUUUCCUCUUGUGGGCGGUCGCAAAGUGGAACAUCUGAAAGAAAAUAUCAAGGCUCUUAGUCUGAGAUUGACGGCGGCGCAAAUUGAAUACCUUGAGAGCCAAACCCGCUUUGAUGUUGGGUUUCCCGGCAACUUCAUCGGCCCCGAUCCCAAGGUGACGGGCAAAGCGUCAUUCCUCUUGGCUGCCAAUGGUGCGUAUUCUUUCGUGCGGUCUCCCACCUCUAUUACGAGCCCAGAAUAG